GCAUAAAUAGCGGCGGUGGGGAAGCGGCCGGCUCAGACGGGACGACCGGCGGCACGGCAGCGGCAGGAGAGAGCUGGUUCAGCGUCAAGAUGAGAGCCGUGGUAGUUGUCCUCGCCCUCUUCUGCCUGACAGGCACCCAGUCGCGCUCCCUGUGGCAGCACGAUGACCCCCAGGAGCCCCUGGACCGCAUCAAGGACUUGUUGCAUGUGUACAUGGAGACCGUGAAGGCCAGUGGCAAGGAUGCCAUCUCCCAGUUCGAGUCCUCUGCUGUGGGCAAACAGCUGGACCUGAAGCUGAGCGACAACUUGGAGGCUCUGGGGGCGGUCGCCGCCAAGCUGCGGGAGGACAUGACCCCCCUCUACGCGGACCUGCGGGAGAAGUGGCUGAAGGACACAGAGGCUUUGCGCCAGGACCUGACCAAGGACCUGGAGGAGGUGAAGGAGAAGAUCCGGCCCUUCCUCGACCAGUUCUCCGCCAAGUGGACGGAGGAGCUGGAGCAGUACCGCCAGCGCGUAGUGCCCGUGGCCGAGGAGCUGAAGGGCUUCACCAAGCAGAAGGUGGAGCUGCUGCAGGAGAAGCUGGGUCCGCUGGCUGAGGAUGCUCGGGACCGCCUGCGCGGGUACGUGGAGGAGGUGCGCCAGAACGUGGCACCCCUGAGCAAAGAGCUCCGGGAGAAGCUGAGCCAGAAGCUGGAGGAGCUCCGCGAGCAGGGCAUCCCCCAGGCCGCCGAGUACCAGGCCAAGGUGGCAGAGCACCUCAGCAGCAUGCGCGAGAAGAUGACCCCCCUGCUGAAGGACGCCAAGGAGCGCCUCGCCCCCUUCGCCGACAGCCUCAAGGAUCGCUUCAUCGCCCUGCUGGACGACCUCCAGAAGAGAGUGGCCUGAGCCGCCGGACGGCGCGGCCAGGGACUGACCCCGGCCCCACUCCUGCAGCUGCCCCGGGGCCGCUGCCUGCCCUGCCCGGGGUGCUUCCCCCCGGGGGGGGGGGCUCUGGGGACGGGCUGCAGAACAUCCUCCCUGAGGACCCCCCCCCCUUCUCUCCCACCACCUCCCCUCCCCGACGUGGCGUCGCUCUCGGCUUUGCCUCCUUCCUUUUGUCAAAUAAAGGCGACUUAAGUUA